AUAAAGUCCCAUGGGUCUCAUCCUCCUGCUCAAAUCCAUCAAACUCAUGAGGGCUCCAAACGUAAACUGCAUUAGAUCACCAGAAUGGACAAUUUGUUCAAACAAUUAAGGUAUGAUUUUCUGAUUUAGAAGAGAAAACUGAGGACAAUCACCAUAAUAUUCGAGAAGGAAGGAAACCGCGACUAAAGAAAGUGUCCUUUAGGGAAGAAGAAGUUGCGAGGGAACAAAAAUUUUGUUUAUGCAGAAGGAAAGAAGACCCAAAACUGGUUCCGGAUGCCACUUGCUGGCCAAAUGAGCGAGGUAGAAGAUAGAAGUGAUGGGGAGUUUGAGACCGCAAUUGCAGCAGCUGCAUAUGCUGUCACAUUACAAGAAGAAGAAAGUUCACUGACCCAGAAAAAGCCUGUUGAACAAUUGGGAGGCCCUUUUAUUAAGACGAAAAGCAAACGGGAAGAAAGCAUGAAUAAGCUAACUGAUAGCAGCAAAAUAUCCAGAUGGUUCAGUGGUAAGGAGGCAAAAGAAGAUGGGAAAUCAUCAGGUAGCAAGAGAUCUGAAUUUGGCCAAAAUCAAGGGGGGCAACAAGCACCAUUUGCAAGAAAGCCUACGGUUUCAUUUUCUGGAAAUACAGAUUCAUUUUCUCGGAAAGGAAAUGCCAAUGUGAAAACAACCAACCCUACUACAGUGGAAUCAAAAGCAGACGCCUGGGAGAAAGCAAAGAUGGCUAAGAUAAAAAAACGGUAUGAAAAGAUGAAUGUCGUCAUUUUGGAGUGGGAGAAUGAGAACAAGAUGAAGGCCAAACGCCGGUUGGGAUGAAAAGAGAGAGAAUUGGAAAGGAGACGAGCAAGAGCAGUACAGGAAUAUCGUAAUGAAUUGUCUAGGAUUGAUCACUUUGCUGGAGGAGCAAGAGCUACGGCGGAAGAAAGAAAAAGAAAUGAUGAAUAUAAGGCAAUUAAGAAGGCUAAGAAGAUGAGAUCGACAGGAAAAGUUCCUCAUUCAUGCCCCUGCUUAUGAUAAAGCACCUAACAGUAGAAGCAGCCUACUAGAUGAUAUCUCAUCUGUAUUAUUGGAAGGGAGUUUGCUUGCCAAACUUCUGCUAAGCCAAGCAUAAAAAGUAGAACAUGGCAAAGCUAGAAAAGAAUCAUGUAUUGUAUUGGAAAUUGGGAAGUCAUGUAUAUAAAAAUACAAAUACCCCUUGAAAUUAGCAAAUGAAACCAAAAGCAGAAGCUUAAGAUGCCAAUGAAAAUGAAGAAUACACAUGCUUCUAGGCAGAAAACAGAACAAAUUCUUCACAGGGAUGCCAAAAAUGCCAUAAACCAACAUAUGCAGAGCACAUUUGUACACAUGGACAUGGAAUGCAUUAUGAUAAUUCAAUUACAGUGAUAUUGGACGACAACUAUCACCUAAAUCCUUUCAUUUGAAGUAAUAAAUAGAAUGAGAGACUAAGAACAGCUUUCUGUGUGCUUGCAGAUCCGAAAAAGACAAACCCCUAUAUGAUCUACAUACCCUCUUACAUA